AUGGUCAAAAAUUUUAUGUUUAAUAAGAGGGUUCAACUACAACCAGUUGAGUCUGGAUUUAGUAAAAAAAUAUCUGAUAUCUUUAAUGAAGUAAGCAGAGGGGUUCCCACAAUUCUCGGCACCAAGAUUUCUGAAGAUUUACAUAGCAUCAAAUACCUUCAUCCAUUUAUAAAUUCGAUAUUCUUUACAUCAGAGCCCAAAUUAUAUGAAGUUCGUUUAAAUCAAGCAAAUGCUGGCUCAAAAACACGGCCAGAUUUUUCUUGUAUAAUAAAUAACAUACCAUUGCUAAACACUGAAAUAAAACCUAUCGGAGUUACUCCACUAAGGAAGAAGAAGGAUUUUAUAAAAGGACAACUUCGUGCAAAAAAGUCAGUGAAUCAGUUAUUAGAUGCAAAGGGUGGACCUGCGAGAGCAUUGUCUGUUAUAAAUAUGGGGGAGAGAUUAGAUUCAUAUGUAAUAGAUUUAAGAUAUGAUGGCCUGUAUCGUUCCUGGGAAUUUGCAAAAACAAAAUUGGUGGUGGAGAAAUCAUCAAUGCCUUCAAUAGAAUCAUCAAUUAUUCAUUUUUUAGCAUUGGAAGAGCAGGAAUUUCAAUUGCAAUAA